AUGCCGAAAUAUGUUAAAUUCUGCAUAGCUGGUAGCACAGCCAUCGGCCCAAGCCAUACGCAGUCCCAAAUACUAAAGUGGCAUAGAUCUGUGUACUUUUCCAGUCCGUUUAGUGACUUUAUUUUGCAUUUGGACAGAGUAAGCCUAUUUGUAUCUGAGGAGACUGGUGUUAUUGAAGACACAUCCUCGUACACACCGUCAUUUAUUUGCACUAUCUGUACAACGGUGCAUGAUGCUGAUUUUAUAUUUGCGUCAUAUAGUUCGCAUAAUGUGAUUGGCUGUUGCUGUAAAGGUGCUUGCGUGUGGAUCGAUCAAAAAUGCAAUGCACAUGUAUAG